CGUCUCCGUAAUGUGUACAUAAGACUCAUACAAUAAUUAAAAUCAAUUUACCGAUGAAUGUGUUCGAGAUUAUGUCACUCUCUUGUGUACUGUCAUCGGUGAUAUCGAAUCACAUUUUUGUUAUCAAUGUGUAAUGCAUAGAUGUACGUGAGCAGGCUGUUGUCUGUUUAACAUAUAUAUAUAUAAAGGCUAACAAGGCCGUGUCGUCUAGUCAUAUUUUUAGUGACAGAAAAAACAUCAGCUGGUUCUAGUGUCUGAAAAAGUUUAGCUAUAAUGUUGUCGCGUAGUAUAUGUCCAAAUUUAGCGAAAAGCUCGAAAAUUUUACAACGUGGCUAUGCAAUAAGUUUUUUUGGCUCAGAGAAAGUGGAAAAGUUCGAUGUUGUUGUUGUCGGAGGAGGUAUCGUUGGAGCUGCAUCGGCUCGUGAGAUUUUGCUCAGACAUCCAUCAUGGAAAGUGGCAGUUGUUGAGAAAGAGGAGCGACUGGCAUUCCAUCAAACGGGCCACAAUUCUGGAGUCGUGCAUGCUGGAAUUUACUAUAAGCCAGGCACACUGAAAGCAAAACUUUGCGUCGAAGGCAUGCAACUAUGCUAUAAAUAUUUCGACCAGAAAAGCAUUCCGUACAAAAAAGUUGGAAAAUUGAUCGUCGCCACAGAGGAAGUCGAAAUUCCGAGACUGUUGGAUUUGCACCAACGGGCCAUGGAAAACGGAGUACCAGACCUGCAGCUUAUCGAUGGUGACAAAAUUCAAGAGAUUGAACCGUAUUGUGAGGGAUUAAAGGCAUUAUGGUCCCCACACACCGGGAUUGUAGACUACGCCCUUGUCACUGAGCACUAUGCAAGCGAUAUACGUUCGCUGGGUGGCAAAAUAUUCCUCGAAUACAACGUAGACCAAUUUUCAGAAACUAAAGACAAUUCGGAAUAUCCCGUAACUAUUGCUUCUUCACAAUCCAAUACAGUGCUGCAAUCCAAAUUCGUAUUAACAUGCGCCGGAUUACAAUCCGAUAAAGUAGCUGAAAAAACCGGAUGUCCACGAAGUCCACGCAUCGUUCCAAUUCGUGGUGAAUAUCUAUUGUUGUGCAAAGAAAAGCGUUUUAUGGUCAAAGGUAAUAUUUAUCCGGUACCAGAUCCUAGCCUACCUUUUUUGGGCGUUCACUUCACACCUAGAAUGGAUGGAUCCGUAUGGAUCGGACCAAAUGCUGUGCUCGCAUUCCAACGUGAAGGAUACAAAUGGUACCAAGUGAAUCCAUUGGAAUUGAUUGACGCUUUGAGAUACCCAGGUUUUCUUCGUUUAGCCUAUCAGCACUUCCGAUAUGGUCUUACCGAAUUCUUCAGAUCGACACUCAUUAUGCUUCAAACGCCACAUGUACAGAAAUUCAUCCCAGACAUCACCGAUUUCGACUUGAGCGUUGGACCGACCGGUGUUCGGGCUCAGGCAUUGGAAAUGGACGGCACACUGGUUGAAGACUUUGUGUUCCAUUUUGGCGAAGGACAGAGUGCCGUAGCCAAACGAGUAUUACAUUGCCGAAAUGCACCAAGCCCGGGGGCCACCAGUUCACUGGCCAUCGCAAAAAUGAUUGCCGAUAAAAUUGACAUUGAGUUCAAAUUAUAAAUUAGAAUUUAUGGUUUUGACCACUUGUGUCGAAUAUAUAAAAAAAAAAUUUUACGACAUCGAUUUUUGUAAAAUCUAAUCUGUAGGUAUAAUAUUUUUUGGCAAGAUUAAACACACACAAUUGUUAUAUUGCUAUAAA